GCUUAGCGUCGGUGUGUUGCAGCUGGUAGCUUCAGCCUGGUGCCUCGCUGAGAUGCCACAUACGAAGCUAUCACAGCUAAACACGGCUCCAGAACAUUCCCCGCUAUAGGAUUUCUUCGACAUUUACGAACAUUUACGCAGACCAGCGCAUAUACGGAUUCACGACUCUGUGCGCGGGCUCAAACGCAUGUGCGACUGAGGCCGACAGCCUCAUCCAGGCAACCUCUUUAAUAUACCCCGACGCAUGACAUCUUCGUCAACCAACAUCUACUUUCAAAUAUACACAUCGACAAUAAUAUCUCACCAACAUCCCCCGCCUUCCUCUCCUCCCCUAUACGCCGACCAAACCGCCGCACCUUCGGCCUCUUCUCACCCAUAACCUCUCCAAUAACCUCUCCACGAACUCCAUACCCGCCAAAGAUGGCGCACAAGACCCCAUCCCCUCCGACGCGCCCCGCGCACCUCGCCUCUCCAGGCGCCAUACCACCCCGCACCUCCUCAACAAACGGGCCUUCCCAGACACAAAAGCCCGUCGUCCCACCGCUCCCCGAAUCAUCAUGGCUCUCUUCUCGACACUCUAGCCUCGCUGCCUCCGUAUCUCCCGCCGUCAUCGACCAGGUGGCGUCGAACUCACCCCCCACAACCACAACAACCCACCCCUCCACUGGGCCGACGCCGUGGUCUGAGGCGAAAGAAACAAUCCUCACAGGCCCAUACGACUACCUCGACUCCCACCCCGGGAAAGAUAUCCGCUCGCGCCUGAUCGGUGCUUUUGACGCAUGGCUUCACGUCCCCGCACCCGCCCUCGCAAUCAUUACAAAAGUAGUCGGCAUGCUCCACACAGCCUCCCUCCUCGUCGACGACGUCGAAGACAGCUCGCUCCUACGCCGCGGCCUACCAGUCGCACACUCCAUCUUCGGCACAGCGCAGACGAUCAACUCAGCGAACUACGUAUACUUCCUCGCACUACAGGAGCUGUUCAAACUGGACGAGCUGAGGGAUAAAGAGGGGGGAAAUACCAAGCCCAGGGGCGAGGCGGUGCGCAUAUAUAGCGAGGAGUUGAUUAAUCUGCACCGUGGGCAGGGCAUGGAUCUAUACUGGCGUGACACCCUCACCGUGCCUACUGAGGCUGAUUACCUUGAGAUGGUGCGCAACAAGACAGGCGGGCUAUUCCGGCUCGCCGUGCGCUUGAUGCAAGCCGAGAGCGCAUCAACUACCGACUUUGCCCCCCUAGCCUCCCUAAUAGGCACCCUCUACCAAAUCCGCGACGACUACGCCAACCUCCUCUCCCCCACCUACUCCACCAACAAAGGCAUGUGCGAAGACCUCACCGAAGGCAAAUUCUCCUUCCCCAUCAUCCACGCCAUCCGCGCGGACCCCUCGCUCGUGCUCCUCAACAUCCUGAGGCAGAAGAGCACGGAUGAGGAGGUCAAGAGGUAUGCGGUCGCGUAUAUGGAGGGGAAAGGGAGCUUUGCGUAUUGUCGCGAGGUGCUGAAGGAGUUGGGGAAGGAGGCGGUGGCGGAGGUGGAGAGGGUUAGUGAAGGGAAGGGACGGUGGAGGGAGGAGGUGUUGGGGAUUUUGGGGGGGCUGGCGGUGGAGAGUGUGUAA